AUCUGAAUUUUCAACCUAAUCUAUAGUUGAAAAUAAUUGUGCCUCAGCUGAAUUUCUGGAGAUCAUAAUUGCCUUUCCCCAAAAUUAGCAAUAUUCUAAAAUAAUUCUCAAUGGAAUUUGAUGGAACAGCAUUCAACAGCAUUCCUUUCCCUAACUCUUGAUAAUAAAGACGUUGUGAUUAAUAAACACACAACAUUUAAAAGAUAUAGAAAUGCUGCUAAAAGGAUGCACCAGGAUAUGUAAUUCCUUAUUUCUUCAUUUCAAACCGAGAGUCCAUAAAUUGAAAGAAUCAUAAUAUCUUUAUAACACAUCUGUAGAUGAGAAAGGAAGAGAACACCUCAUCCUAAUUGAGGAUUCAGCAAGACUUGGAAUAUUAUACAAAACUAGAACAUAAACGCUUACAACAUGCCAAUAAUUCACAACAGCUGACCAUCUUUUUGGAAUUGCAACAUCUUACUUAGGUAUUCAUGCAACUCAUUCUCUCAGCUGUCAUUUUGGAAAAUGAUCUUAACCUUCUCAAUUUGAUUGAAGAUUUCUCUGGUACAACUGGGAAAAAAAGCAGUUUCUGAAAGGAAAGAUCAUCUGUUUUUUACAAAUUGUCUCAGAGAAACAGAAUGACAUGUUAUAAAGCUAAAAAUCAGAAACCACCGAGUUAGUGCACUUAGUAUUAUUAUUAUGACCAAUGAUUUAUUUUGCUUGUAGUGAUGGAAUAUUGCUUAUUCGUAUCUUCAGCAGAUCAUAUCUAGCUGAAAGGUAAGGCAAAUAUCUGUGGUUUUCCAGUCAUUUGUGGGGGGGGAGAGAUACUUUUCAAAUUUGUACAUAUUCAGGAGUAUUAGAGGGAAUUUGCUAAAUAGGUUUCACUUCAAGAUACUUUCCUAGCAGCUUCCCUUUCUUUGUGAAAGGGCCUGCUCAGAAUUUUGUUAGAUAGAUGAUAGAUAUGAAAUAAAAAUAAUAGGUCUUUCUCCACCACAUUGAAUAUUUAUUUAUUUAACAUUUUUUUUAAAUGUAUUUUAUGUAGCUGCCGGUUAACAUGUGACAGAAAGAGGAUGAUGUUAUAUUGUUUUGUAAACCUGAAAAAAGUAAGUGAAUUCAAGUGAUAGAAAAUGCACGGAAGCUGUUAGGGAUGUCAGGGACCCAGUAGGAAAUAUCUCCAGACAACUUGUCUCUUAGAUUAGUUCAUUAAAGACUUCAAGUAUAUAUAAGAAUAACUGACACAUGGAAUGUCCAAAUCAAUCAGCCCCACAUGAGUUUAUCCUUUCUGGGUUUCCAUAUCCACAAGGGUUCAAGCUACCAUUGCUGCUCUUCUUUUCAAUCAUGUUUGCCCUCACCCUUUCUGGAAAUUUUCUGAUCAUCUUGGUGGUGAUCUCUGACCUUCAAUUGCACAAGCCCAUGUACUGGUUCCUUUGUCAUCUCUCUAUCCUGGACAUGGCCUUUUCAGCUGUGGUGGUUCCCAAAGUUAUUGCAGGCUUCAGUUCCAGAGGAAAAAUCAUUUCCUUUGCAGGUUGUGUCACACAGGUAUUGUUUUUGAACUCUGUUGGAUGUGCAGAAUCUUUUCUUUACACCUUGAUGGCUUACGACCGCUUCUUGGCCAUUUGUAAGCCACUCCAUUAUACCAACAUUAUGAGCUGGAAAGCCUGCCUCUUCCUCUCCUUGGGUACCAUAAUUGGAGGCAGCCUCAACUCUGCAUUUCUGACAUCACUCACCUUUCAUUUGCCUUAUGGAGAGGACAACUAUAUUGACUAUAUCUUCUGUGAUGCUCCAUCCAUCCUGAAGCUGACUUGUGCUGAUACAAAACUUAAUGAAUUGAUGAUCAUCAUUGACAUGGGUUUUAUUGCAAUGGCCUGCUUUUUCUUCAUCCUAGCCUCUUAUGCUUACAUCAUCACAGCCAUUUUGAAGAUUAGUAGCAGUGAAGGUCGACACAGAGCAUUCUCCACUUGCUCUGCUCAUCUUACUGUGGUGUUCCUAUACUAUCUGCCUGUGUUUUAUCGCUAUAUGAGGCCAGCAUCUCAGGACUCCAUGGAUAGUGUUGUAAGCAUGUGCUACACCACCAUCACCCCUUUGUUGAACCCAGUGAUAUACACACUUAGGAACAAGGAGAUUAAAAUUGCUCUGCUGAAACUCUGGAAUGGGAAUCCUGAAUAGACAAUAGGAAGUAUACCCAUGUUUAUGUUUUUAAAAAGAAACAUGGUGAAUAAUCAAGUUUACAUCAUCCUUUCAGGGUGGAAAUCUGAAUUUUAUGGAUCUACUGAAAUUUUCUACCAAACACUCUUAAAGUAUGGAUAUGGCUGCUCAAAUUCCAUAGAAAGCCACAAGGAGCUCAUUGGAAAAUUGGGGAUAAGUCUGGGCUGUGUCCUUCUUAAUCUUGGAGUGAGGAUGAUCUGCCUAGAGGUGUAAACAAUCAGCAUCUCAAGUUGGACCAAUGGUCCUUCCACCUGCAGGAGGUUUCAAGAGAAAGCUUGAACAGAUGCUCAGGAAAGGAUCUGAGAUGUAAACAAUGCUGAAGGAAGCCUAAAGCAACCAUGCCCAUCAGGUGCUGCUUUGUUCUUCUCCUAGAGAAGUCUUCAUCCAGCCAAACCUUGAAAACAAUUGUUCACAAAGUCCUUUUUCAGCCAGCUUCUGUUAGCUCUGCUGUCUUUAAUACAGGAGAGAAAGAAUUCCAUCACAUCAUCCACUGUGUCUCAUUAGACAUUUCCUGCACUUCUGGCUGAAAUUCCACUGCCUCCUACAAGACUUGUGUGAAUAGAUCUCAACAUAUAGGGAAAAAAAUCAAAGGGUAAAAGAAUUAUUAGGCAACUAAUUUUUAUUCAAAAGAUACUGUAUGGGCGAGUUUAUACAUGACUGUACCUGUUUGAAAUAACUCCUCUGAAUAUCUUUGUGUGUACAUAAUAAUAAUAAUAAUAAUAAUAAUAAUAAUAAUAAUAAUAAUAAUAAUAAUAAUAAUAAUAAUAAUAAUAAUAAUAGUAG